CCAUUGACCAGAGUGGUGCACCAAAACAUAUCACCAAAGAUUCGUUGGAACAUCUUAAUAGGCGUCGAAGAUUUACACUGAAACAUGGUACUGCAUCUCUUUUCCCUCCUGUGUUUCUUCGCAUUGCCAAUGGUGGUGGCGGGAGAAAAAUUGUGCAUCGUCUACACUAUGAUUGGUCAGGGCAGCAUCAAUGGCGGCGAAUUUUCCAGCGAGCAAUGGUACCGAGUACACCGAUAUUUUGAUCGAAACACUAACGCCAGCAUCGCAGCUGAAGGGAGGAAAUUCCUACAGUUUUUGAGAGCAUGGUACGGCAUCGACGUGGUCGUUGGUGAUGAUAGCUUGUCAGGGGUUGAUCCAACCCCUGUGUCUUUCCAGACCACGUCACUAAACUUUACAUUCGCAAUUAUGACUCUUCCACAGUCUGCUAAGUUUAAACUUUAUACUGAGUCGCGAGGCAAACGAGUUCGUUUUUACGCUACCAAGAUUCAGAGUAUUGGAUGGAUGAUUACAAUCGACAAUCACUUCACUGUGAGUGAGGGUCGAAACCAGGGAAUGGAGGUGCCUGCAAGAAGUACCAUUAAGUUUGAAGACGUCUAUAUGAGACCGGGGCCAUUGGGAUUCGACAGUGAAAUAAAGCUACGUGCAGACGACCGUGUUCCAACUGUUCGCAUUCCAAUCCCAUUGGGGCAAUAUACUAACAUGACCGGGUAUGACGUCACACAAGGAGAGUAUGACGUCUUCAAUCGCCACGUCAUCAGUCUGACCAGACCCGAAUUCGGUGACGGCGUAGCGCAUGGGGUCCUUCCUCUGUACGUGCACGGAAACGAAUAUCUGAAUGAUGGUCGAAUGGUGAUCACCUUCUGCAACCGUACAGAGAAUGAUCUGCCAUAGUUGAGCUUUUCAUACAUUGAACUGUUUUUCUCUUUUGGGGUAAUACGACUAUAAUGUUUUUUGUUUGUUUGUUUGUUUGUUUGUUUGUUUGUUUGGUCUUAAGUUGUUAUUUUAGUUCAAUGAAAUUUAUUGUAAAGAUCGGGUAAGGGAAGUAAAAAAGAACAAAGAGCAUUUUGGCUUUUGAAAUCAAUGUAACUACCUUUGAAAUGUUUUUUUUUAUUUCUUAGAGAGAGAGAGAAAGACAGAUGCGGGUUUCCUCCUGUUCAUAUAACGUAUACCAUUUACAACGUACAAGCAAUGUCAAGCAGCAGUAAAUGCCCGAAUAAAGUGCGG